AUGCAGCCUUCUUCGGUCAAGGGGAAGUCGAAUGCCCCAACCGCAGGCGACUUGUUGAUAGCGUCGAUCACCGACCACAAGAUCUGGUACGUGGUCGGCACCGACAAGCCAAACAUGAGGGCAACAUCCCAGAAACUAGCGCCAGCCAGGAUCCUCAACGCCACGGCAACGCGGACUUCUACAGCUGUGGCGCCGUUGAUUGGCGAUCGCAGUGCUGUGGGGUUUCGGAGCGAUGCGCAGAUAAUGUUCGAAGGAUGAGCGUGUGUCGGUCAGGAAAUAUGUACCAGUGUCAUAGGGGGUAUGUUUGCAAUCGCCAGCGUAUAAAGGACGUAUGUCAUCGUUAAACUCGCCAGAGUACCGGCCCAAUACACCUCCCGACUAGGGUUGUGAGACGGCUCUGUGUUCUUCACGGAACACACAACCAACCUCGCAUAUG